AUAUUGUGCGAAAGAAACUGCAGCGAGCGGUAAAAGCAGCAGCCCGUUUUCAAAGACUUCCGGCUGCAUAGUCAUGUUAUUUUAGCGACAAACAGCAACGUUAGCGGCGCUGAGAAGAACUAGGACCGCGUUUACCAGUGCAGAAGGCUUGGUGUGCCGCGCAUGGACUCCUGCGGCCGCCGGGAGUGCCCGUGUCAGGAAAACACUGCAAACAAAUGAAAGUUUUUUUUCUAAUCUCUUCGUUUUUCAAGUUUUUUUUAACCUCCGGUGAAGCAGCUGCUUCGUCUGAGCCUCACUUCCGCCGGAUAACGUCGUCAGACAAAAGAAGUGCUUUUUGAUGACGUCACUUCUGGGCACUCAAAACCUGUUGUUUGAUAUUAUCGUGCAUAUAAUGUAAUAAAUAAUUAGCCUAUAACUGAACAGAUUCUCCUUUCGAUCUAUUUUGGUAUUUGCCUCAUUAUAUUGACAAAAAAAUUCAAAAGUGAGAGUCCUGUAGCCAGAGGUAAUUUUUCAUAUACGAACACUGCAAUCUUUGAUAGUUUCCUUUAACAAAGCUAUAUUCUUCCCGAAUUUGUUUAUUUAUUUAUUUUUUUUACAAAACACAUUUCUAUUUUCUCUGUUUCAUUGCUUAGUGAAGUAUUUACAUUUCUUUAAUUAAUUUAUUUCAAAUGCCUGUAUUAAUUUUCUGUUGAUGACUCAAUAACGAUCUUUAAAAAAAAAUACUGCUCCGAAUACAAGAUCGUCUGAGUUCCUAAAAUGAUCCAUUCCAGACACGAUAAAUCAUCGCAUGGCUAAAACAGUUCACCAAGUGUCCACUCGGUGACGCUGUAGGAAAAGCUAACCCUGUAUACCUCACCAUAUCAACAUCCGGCGACACGUCAUGGCUCGUCACCAGCUGCCCUGUUUGGAUCUUUUGAAGACAUUCUAGCUAUUAAAUUCGUUCCUGUUGCGUUAAAAUCCAACGCUUAAAUCACGACGUUCACUGCCGGAACGAGUGCGCACCGUCCGUUUUGGCGUUUCAGAUGGGGGAAGUGAGGAAGCUGCAGAAGAAGUUAAGGCAGAUUGAAAAUCUGGAAAUAAAAAUCAGUCUAACACCAGAGGAGAGAUAUAAGAUCUCCAGGAAGGCGGAGCUGCGUUCCAGAUUGGCUGAGCUUCAGCUUCAGCUUUCUGGCCCGCAGCACACUCCAGGGAUCGUGGGAGACGGGAAAAAGGAGAAGAUGAAAAGACAAGUCGAGGACGUCGCCUCACCACCAACUCUUCCGGCACCAAAAAUUCCCAAGGGAGAAGAGAAGUCCAAGGCAACGUCAGCUUCUGCCAGAACCAAAGAGGCGUGUGGAGCAGCUGGGAGCAGCAGAGUAAAGGACCGGGCAGAUCAGGCCACUGUGUCUGAUCACCACCGAGACACCUCAGGUGGCUGCUUGGCCCGCGCCGACAUCGACACGGAACAGCAGAGCGGACAGAAGAGCGCAGAUGCUGAAUUUACAUCCCUCAGAGCAUCCUGGGAGAAGGCGAAGUUCCGCUUGAGGCGACUGGAGGGUCACAACGACAUCGUCACGUGCGUCGUUGCCGUUGACAACCUAGUUGUUUCUGGAAGCCGGGACACGACUGUGAAGGUGUGGCACGUUCCCACGGCAACAGAGCACAAGAACCUGGGGGGUCACACUGGUGGUAUCACCUGUUUGUCAGCCCCGCCUCCUGAGUAUUGCAGGAAGCUGGCCUGGAUUCUUUCUUUAUCAGACAAGGAGCGGUUUAUUCUGAGUGGCUCUGCCGACUGCUGCGUGAAGGUCUGGGCCCUUAAUGUCGGGCAGUGUGUGAAGUCUAUCUACACAUUCAACGCCGUGACGGCGCUCUGCUUCGUGCCCGAGGGAGACGGCUACAUCAUUACCGGUUCAGACGGGGGCAAAGUUCAAGCCUGGAGCUGGCACACUUUUGAGAGCUGCCAGUCCAUCAACGCUCACCAGGAAGCCGUUACCUCCGUCCAGUCUCAAGGUCCGCUGGUGUUCACCGCCUCUUCUGAGGGAGGGGUGUCUGUGUGGGAGAACCGCUGCUCCGAUCGGGACCCCUUGAGGCUCCUGCACCACUGGAGUGGUCGGGUGACGGGCUGUGGAGGGGGCCGCCUCACUCUCAGCCCGCGGGGGGAGCGGGUCCUGCUGGCGGACGGUCGGGCCUGGCUCAAAAUCCUUCACUGGGGAACCGGAACCAUGUCCAGGCUCACCAACCACAGCAGCGUCACCGGGGUAACAGAUUGUGUUCAUCAGGCUGCCGGGCUCCUAAUUGGCUCCUGCUAUGAUCUGGCGAAUGGAGAGAGCGCGCUGAACUUAUUUUCUUUGCCUCAGUGUCGGUACUUGGCCUCCCUGACCUGCCGGGACGCUGCUAGAAUACUGUGUUUUGCGGCGUGGACCACAGGGAGCGGCGAUCACCGCUGGGUAACCGGAGGUCGUGACCUUAUCGUUUGGGAGCAGCUGCCCAGCGCUGGGAAGCAAAGGGGUGACGUCAUUGUGAAAAGAGACAGUCGCCUGGACUCGGUUUUGGAAUCUGAGGGAGACACAGAGGAAGAGGAUGACGAAGAGACAGACGGUACCAAUUUACACUCAGGUUACGACGACGACGACACAGAGGAGCCAAACGCUCAUCACAGCGACAGAUCAAAGGAGGAAGAGUCCGGCUCGUGGCUGCGCUGCGUCGUCCAAUGAGAGUCCGGUUUUCACACGUGCCGCCGAGCUGAAGGCACGACGGCCCGCAGCCACCGAGCGGAAAUGAAAAAGAGGGAGCGCGAUGACAGCAGAGGAGAGAGGAGGGAGUGACAGACUGAAGUGUUGAUGCCGGGGAGAGGGAGCGGGAGGACAGACAAAUAGCGUGGGCACGACAGAUUGUUUUGAUGUAAAUAUUACAAUAAAGCUGUCACCCCUCCGGCUCACGCUCACAGAUUGUCAUUGCACGUUUGAACUUUUGUGAGCUGAGCUGUUUUAUUAAUCUGUAAAGUUUACUGAGCCUCAUUUCAGUGCAGACAAGGACUUCCAAAAUCCACGAAGGACAGAUGUGACUGAAUCGAAUGUGUCCAAAAAAAAAAAAAAAAAAAAGAGAGGAAGUCUAAUCUCCCCUGCUGGAUCAUGCCUGAUGGUAUUUUAGCUUCUGAAGCGCCACUCCAUGUGUCUUGCUGAUGACAAAGCUUUUCACUGUUUGUCUGACAGACACCAGGCACCUGCCCAAACAAUUGGGGGGUUGUAACUGUUCAUCUGUUUGUAUUGAUUUACAUACAUUUGUAGUUUUAUAAUUUUAAUAAAGAA